AUGGACGGCAAAUAUAUUUAUAUAAGGUUCUGCCCGAUGCAUGGGCCUUUUUUUUUUUUUUUUUUGGUGAACAGAAUGAUAUUCGCGUGCCCCCCGUUUGCUCCCAUGGAAUUUUCUCUGUAUCUCUUCCUUUUCUUCUAUUCUUCUCCAAUUACACACCCUGGUCAAAACAACAACAAAAAAAAAAAAAAGGAAAAUAAUUAUCUGUAUUUGGCUCUUAUGCUUGGGAUGAGAGGCGUAUGCACUGUUUGGAUUUUUGUCUGCGUCGUACUCAUGUUCGGAUUGUCACUCUCACAUGCGGAGUUGUCGACAACCGAAAUUCAAUUCCAGGAACUCUCCCCGCCGCAAACAUCCUCCGAGGUGUCAGAAACCAAUUCGUUGACGUUCCCGUUUUUUGCUUGUGAAGCGGAGUUGAGGCAGUUAUGCCCCAAGCAAAUGGAAGCGCCGCUUAAAUGUCUUCUACAGCACUUUGAAUCCCAGCGGAACACCAAAUUGCCCUGGCGACGACGAAUUACCUUCAGCGGUGCCUGCAGCAGGUGGUUAUGGGCAAGGCAGGAGUGUGUGUCAUACGUGCGACAGACAGGAAUAUGCCGUGCUUCGGAAAGUGCACGCAAUUGCCUUCGACGCAUUCCACCGCGGGGAAUUCCGUCGGGUUGCCGCGAGACGGAGUACUACCGUAGUGUGCUCUUGUACGGAGAGAUGAAGAGGAAGCAGGGACUGUGGAAACCGAGCAACACCCCCAAAAAGCAGCAAAAGGACUGA